UAGCAUUAAUGGGCGGGGCGUGGCUGUGAGAUUCCUCAGAGGGCAGUCCGUUUGAAACGAGGCGACAGUAGGAACUAAAAGCUGAUAUUUUGCAGUCUUGAACCGACAACGGUCCUCUAAAAACAACUUCAGUCUUAGCAGUAGCAGCCAGUCUUCUCGUGGUUUGGAGGCCGACGCCCAUCUCACUACCUAGAAGCCAUGGCAGAUGAAGCGGACAUGCGCAAUGAGCUGGAAAACCUGCAGGCGAAGGCAGAUCAGAUAGCCGAUGAGUCGCUGGAGAGCACUCGGCGUAUGCUGGCCAUGGUGGAGGAGAGUAAAGAUGCUGGUAUCAGGACUCUGGUUAUGCUGGAUGAGCAGGGAGAGCAACUGGAGCGGAUCGAGGAGGGGAUGGACCAGAUCAAUAAGGACAUGAAGGAUGCAGAAAAGAAUUUGAACAAUCUAGGGUCUCUCUGUGGUCUUUGUUCGUGUCCCUGUAACAAGAUAAAGGGGGGAGGGCAGGCGUGGGGGGCCAACCAGGAUGGAGUGGUUAACAGUCAGCCAGGGGCCCGUGUGGUGGACGAACGUGAACAGAUGGCCAUCAGUGGAGGGUUCAUCCGCAGGGUAACUGAAGACGCCCGGGAGAAUGAGAUGGAUGAGAACCUGGAGCAGGUGGGCGGUAUCAUCGGUAACCUGCGUCACAUGGCCCUGGACAUGGGCAACGAGAUCGACACCCAGAACCGGCAGAUCGACAGGAUCAUGGACAAGGCUGAUUCCAACAAGACCAGGAUUGACGAGGCCAACCAGCGUGCCACAAAGAUGUUGGGCUAAGCUGCAGCGACAACAUGCUUUCAUUCUGUCUCUCCUCCUAGUUGUUCCCCUACCCCCCAUUCUCUCUCCUCCUAGUUGUUCCCCUACCCCCCAUUCUCUCUCCUCCUAGUUGUUCCCCUACCCCCCAUUCUCUCUCCUCCUAGUUGUUCCCCUACCCCCCAUUCUAUCUCUCCUCCUAGUUGUUCCUCUACCCCCCAUUCUAUCUCUCCUCCUAGUUGUU